AUGGGUGAAUCACAACUUGUUGAUGGGACAGCGCGGACUUCUGUCGUCUGCACAGUCUGCCCUCAGCUCAAGGGUAAAUUGCGGACGAUGAUGCGCAGACAUAUCCAAAGUCACUGCAACACUGCCGUGCAUAUCCGACACCUAUUAAUGAAGCGUUCUGGGAGAAUAUCGGUGUCCAAAAACCCCUUCCCUCCAGAAUCUCGACGACCCACACAGACGACCGACUGUGAAUCCGAUAUUGACUCGGACGCCUCUGACAUGGUUGCUGACUGUCACGACGACGCUUACAACAAACCGACAACAUCUAUCUCUGCACCUGUCGAAGAAGAAAUGCCGCUGUCUACGCUGUGGGACAUUGCAUUAGACCACCAUGUAUACGAGAUCGGUGGUGGGCGAGAGCUUUUCAACGAACUUGAAGCUUCGCUACUCGAGGGCGAUAAGAUCAUCGCAACGCCCAUAGCUGCUCUCGAAGACGAGAUUGGAAUGCAAGAUGACGAUUAUUUUGGCAUUGAACUACUGGACGAAAUUCCUGUGGAUUCUAGUAUGAAGACAAAGGCAAAUAUGAAAGUUAAUCCGGGCGACGCCUACUAUCCUUGGUUGUCGAAGGCGCACUUCUUGACUGCGUUAUUGUUUAGCUCUGCACGACUACCAUUUUCGGAUGUGCAGAAGAAAGCCGUACUCAGCUGGGCCAAGGAGCUGGGUGCCCAUGAUGUCCCGUCUCUCAAGGCUGUCAAGGAGUCAAACGAGCACAUCUGUGAACUUGUCGGCAAUCCAAUGCGGAAAGUAACUUCAGCGUCCGGCAACGACUACGCGAAUCCACUCACCCGCUUUUCCAUGCAAGAUUAUCCAGAGGAUGGAGGAGAUGGAAUGUCGCAGGAAUGCUCAGGAGGCUUUUUUGUCCCAGAACGCUUCUUCACUGCCUCGUAUGCACCAGUGAAUGGCAGGGACUCACAGGAUUCGUGCCAGGAGAACAAAACAUAUGCUAUGGGCCGUGCGGUACAAUACACAGACGCCGGUUUCAUCGUCAGUGAUGAACAAGAGAUCGUUCCGGUUUCAAACUUCAGACAUUCCUUUGAGGAUCUCGUGGACAAGCUUGCAUGCGGGGUUACCAGUAAGUACAUGUUUGAGCUACAGGCGACUCUACUUAGCAUAAUCCUAGUGUCAUCUGAAAAAUACCUGAAGCUCACACCACAUCCUCUACGCGAAAAGUCAAAGGGCCGGAUGGUCUAUUCAGUCCCUCUCAUUAUAUUCAUGGACGACGUUUCCGGAAAUGUUUCAAAGCAGUGGAAUAAACAUCACGCGAUUUACAUGUCGAAUGCUAACCUACCACGUGAGAUGCUGGAGAAAGAGUUUUGUGUUCGAUUCGUAACAUCAUCACCACACGCUGCGCCGAUGGAAUUGAUGCAUGCGAUGAAGGAGUCUAUCAGCGCAGCCGCAGACUCAGGAAUCUUUGCGUGGGACUGCAAAUUUGACGAGGAGGUCAUGCUCGUUCCUGAAGGUUUAUUUCUUGCAGGGGACAAUCCAAUGCAGGCCGAGGAAUGCAGCCACGCAGGGCUGAAUUGUAAUUACUUUUGCAGGACUUGUCAUGUUGGCGGGACAAAGGAAUACAAAGAGUCUGAGGCUGGAUAUGUUAGUCUUUUUACGGAAGGAACACCCCGAACACCCGAAGAAACGACAUCACAGGUCCUCAAGCAGUUCGAGACCGCAUUAUGUUCAGGAGCCACAGGGAAGGUUGUGGCCGCCGUAUCAACCACUGGAAUCCGGGACUCUACUUCAUCUUCCAUCAUCAAUACGCUUGUUGAAAUGGGCAAGAAGCUACGAAAACGAGAUGUAGGACAGCCAGCAUUACCGGAAUCUGAAGUUCGUGCAAAGCUGGAGGAAGAGCUUUUGGAUAUAUUGCAAGGUAGGACACACCGGGACGCAAUCAAUCCCCUUCUAGGGAUGAAUAAUAUAAAUGUUCACAUGGAUACUCCUACUGAGAUCCUUCACACGGUUCUACUCGGCGUUGUGAAAUACUUUUGGGGACAGACUGCGUUUGUGCUCGAGAAAGCUAAACUACUCACUCGUUUUCAGACACGAGGCUUAAUCGGAAAGCACUUCAAGAGUCUCGCGCAAGUUAUGCCGUUUGUCGUCUACGAUCUCGUUCCGAAAAGUGUUCUUGAUGGAUGGACCUUAAUUGGAGAGUUAGUCGUUCUCAUUUGGCAUACGAAAAUCGACAACACCGAACACUACUUGGCAAAGCUAGCUCGAACGAUAAGCGAUUUUCUCAAUGUGACUGCGCAUCGUUUAAUCAUGUAUUCCGUCUUACAUGCAUUUACAACAAUCGACGAGCUCCAAGUCGCGACACGCACAGGGAGAAUUAUAGUGACUGACCAGUCUAAGCACGAAGCCGUUCUGUGGCAAGCGACGCGCUGCGCAGACAUAUUCAAGAAGAACGGUCUCAAAAGUCCUCCUUCUUCCGAGUACUACCAGGGAACUUCGGUAGUGACUAGUGAGCAUGAAACUUCGCAAUUGGGUGGGCAUGUCAUAUUUCGAGACGCGCUUGAGAAGACUCGUAUUGGACGCAUCCGUGAGAUAUUAAUUGCAACAGCGCCUGGGCACUCUGUCGCAUUUGUUGCUCUUCAGACAUUUUCCUUCAUGCCUGCACGCCACCCUUUGCUCCAUCUGCCAUGUCUCCUCCUCACUGACGAGGAACUCAUUGUGUCAGGAACGGAUAUCAUAUGUAUCGCCAAUCAUCUCUGUUCUCUUCUCCCGGAAUCCCUCUCCGAGACACCAUUGCGCGUUUCAGAUCCUGGAGCUGUCCGAAGAGCUGCUGUGAGACAAAUGCAGGGAAAGAGGCUGGCGAAAAAGCUCGGAGGCGAGGCAGUGAGCGUGCCCCAAGAUGACGAUGGUGUCCGUCCUGCAUUUGAUUGCGCAGCUAAGAAACAGCCCAAGACCACAUCCAGGAAGCAAGUGAAGUCUACGAAUUCGACGAAGCAGCAGCAGCCUGUGCCUUCCUUUUCAAUAUCUUCCGGCCAUAUCGCACAUUGCACACCUUUGGAAGGACCUCCCAAGAUGAUGCUCAAUCGCUUUCCACUUCGCUCAACAUCUGGGGGCUCCCAGAGAGCAAAUAGCAUCGGUCCUGGACCACGAGUGCAGGGCUUGGCCCCACCCCGGGAUGGUAGACAUCGUGCUCGCUCACUGCUUGGGUCUGACGCGGGACUCUCAACCCACUCUGCUCCUGUUGUUCGCAGGCAGCCUACCAGCUCAGGCUCUCAAUCACAGUCUUUGAAUCCUCUUCCAGAUGCCUCAAUUGUUCUGACCGGUCCUUCACGCCCAGGUUCUCCAAGUGGAUCGUCUGAUCUCAAUGCGCCUAUUAGCGCAGGCGUUCGGCGUCGGAGGGAUUCCAGCACCAAUGCAGCCUGUCUCACUCCAAGACGCACCAAGCGACUCAAAACAUAUGCACAACAGCUUGCUACUGAACGUGGAAUACCUUUGAAGAAGUUGCUGGCAUUUAUCGAGUUUCAUCUUAAUUUCACCAAGAAUGAAUUAAGGGCUGGUCAGCUUGAACGAGAAGAAGGGAUCGAAAUAAAUACUUUACAAGAACUCGAGAAACUACUGACUUCUAAGGAUUUCGAGAGUGCACUGAAGAGCCGCCUUACCGCAUGUAUGCUAUCUCCAAACCUGACUGCUUAUAUCACUGAUACGCAUCAACAUGUGAUGGUAGUUCGGAUUUACUUCUUAUUGCCUUAA